UGCCAUGCCCUUUACGGACAGGUGGCUGUGAAGCUCAUCAUUAAAGUACGAUGAAGAAUCCCAUGUUUGUGUGCUCUACCUGUAAUUGCCGGUGCAUCGUCCACCUCUGGUUGUGUUUCUGAUUGUUGAUCUUUCUUGUUAAUCUUGUUUUCACAAACAGAAGCAAGCGCCGGUUCCUAAAAAUAGAGUUUUUACGGUUUGAUAGUUCUCUCGUUUUCGGGUUUCUUUCACACUCUUUUAUGUUUGCUUCUGUUCGGCUUUUUACAUAAGCAAUCGAGAAAUGGGUUCUCUCUAGUUUGAGCUCUUCCUUGUUUCUGCAUCUCUUGCCUUCUUCCUCAUACAGUGUGAUUGUUCAGAUUUUCUUUUUCGUCAGAUCCUUGGAACUAAAACCAUGGGUGAGGACAUAGGGGUGCUAAAAGUAGUGGUGGCGCAAGGGAAAGAUCUUGUUAUCCGGGAUUUCAGGAGCAGCGAUCCUUAUGUUGUGAUGAAGCUAGGUGAUCAGACGGCAAAGACUAAGGUUAUCAACAGUUGCCUUAAUCCAGUCUGGAAUGAAGAGCUAACUCUCUCCCUCAAAGAACCUGUUGGAGUUCUAAGUUUGGAAGUGUUCGAUAAAGAUCGUUUCAAAGCAGAUGACAAGAUGGGGCAUGCUCACCUUAGCCUUCAACCAGUUCUCUCAGCAGCUAGACUUGGGCAGAUUCUACGAGUAUCCUCUGGCGAGACAACGUUAAGGAAGGUUGUCCCGGACACUGAGAACUGUCUUGCAAGGGAAAGCACUAUUAGUUGUGUAAAUGGUGAGGUGGUGCAGAAUGUUUGGUUAAGGCUCUGCUCAGUUGAAUCUGGGGAGAUAGAACUGAAGAUAAAGCUAAUCAAUCCUCCUGGAGAUGCUUAAAGAUAGUACACAAAUGUUUGCAAGGCCUUGAAAUCUAAUAGGUGGGAAUUGAAGCGUUACUUGUGCUCUGUUUAGUAGAGUAGUUGAAUUGAUUUUCAACGCUAAUUUCAAAACUGUGAAAAAACUGUCUUAUAAGCUGUGAAAUAAGUUAUGAGAUAUUUGACGAAACUUUUAGAUAA